AUGUCUUUGAGAGCCGCGUUUGGGCUUCCGGGACUUGUCCGAGGCAUUGUCAGAAAUUAUCAAUUGAGCAGUACCAGCCGGAAGACGAUACCGGUAUACCCUGCUGUGGAAGAAGCAUGUCAAUGCAACCUACUGAAACGACUUUCCGAAAAAGACAUGAAUGAGACGUUGGACCCGCAGAAAUGGAGACGAGACCUGAUCUCGCCUCAUAAUAAGGACCGUCUGCGUGCGGGAGACGUUGUUCGAGUGGCAUACAACGCGCAAAAGUGCAAUUACGACAAUUUGAUGGGGUAUGUGUUGUCCGUGGACCGGAAGGAGCUGACGCAAGAUGCGUCAAUUUUACUAAGAAACCAGUAUGCGAAAACAUUUGUGGAAGUGCGAGUGCCGGUUUUCUCGCCGCUGAUCGAAAGAAUCGAUUUGAUCAGACGUGCAGACAAACGCAGACAGAGAAGUAAGCACUACUACAUCAGAAACACCCGUCUGGACGUGGGAGACCUGGAGGCCGGUAUGCGCAAGCGGCGGUGA